CGGCAACCUGAAGAGUUUUCUUGCUGGCAAGAUUAGCCACCAUUUCGGCUGGACAGGACCUAGUCUGACACUUGACACGGCAUGCUCGUCAUCCAGUGUGGCUAUUCACCAGGCAUGCCGUUCCAUCCUUAGCGGGGAAUGUAACGGGGCACUCGCCGGAGGUGUCAACGUUAUAACGAGUCCCAACUGGUAUCAUAACCUAGCCGGCGCAUCUUUCCUCAGCCCUACUGGUCAAUGCAAGCCGUUUGACGCUAAGGGGGAUGGGUACUGCAGAGGUGAAGGUGUUGGUGCCGUGUUUUUGAAACGGCUUUCCUCUGCAAUCGCAGAUGGUGACCAGGUAUUUGGUGUGAUCGCGAGUACGAAGGUUUAUCAAAAUCAGAAUUGUACUGCAAUCACUGUUCCUAACGCAAUAUCUCUGUCGGAGCUCUUUACGGAUGUCGUGCGUCAAGCAAGGCUUGAGCCUAAGGACAUUACUCUUGUUGAGGCACACGGAACAGGAACUGCAGUCGGGGACCCAGCUGAAUACGAUGGCAUUCGAGCUGUCUUUGGAGGCCCUAUACGCUCCGAUGUUCUGUCGCUAGGAUCCGUGAAGGGCCUUGUCGGUCACACCGAAUGCGCUUCAGGUGUGGUCUCUUUGAUAAAGACCCUCCUUAUGAUCCAGCAAGGCUUUAUCCCACCCCAGGCCAGCUUUUCAAGCAUCAACCCUUCACUCAAUGCAAAGGCUGAGGAAAAAAUAGAGAUCUCGACCCGUUUAAAGCCUUGGGAUGCACCUUUCAGAGCUGCACUCAUCAACAACUACGGUGCUUCCGGGUCCAAUGCCUCCAUGGUUGUUACGCAACCACCAAAUCUGACGGAGACCCCCUCGACACCGUUGCCAGGGAAAAGCUAUCCAUUCUGGAUCAGUGCAUUUGACCAACAGAGCCUUCAAAGUUACGUUCGGAGGUUGCGCCAAUUUCUCGAAAAACAUGCGGCAGACAAAAACCUAAGCGUCGCAAACUUGUCUUUCCAAGUUGCUUGUCAAUCAAACUGGUCUCUUCCCCAAGCCCUGGUAUUCAGUGCCAGCACAAAGGAGGAGCUGAAUAGGGCCCUUGCAUCUUUUGAGAAAGGCAGCACGGAUUUCCCAUCUGUCCAGCUUCCGGAUCCGAAGCCCGUCAUCCUAUGCUUUGGAGGGCAAGUUUCCACCUAUGUUGGUUUGGAUCAAGAGGUCUAUAACAGCACUGCGAUUUUGAGACAUUACUUAGAUCAGUGCGAUGCCAUGUGCCUUUCGCUAGGCCUGCAAAGUAUCUACCCGGCUAUUUUCCAACGGUCCCCAAUCGAGGAUAUUGUUCAGCUUCAAACAGCGCUGUUUGCGAUGCAGUAUUCCUGCGCCAAGGCAUGGAUAGAUAGCGGACUGAAGGUUGCCUCGGUCGUCGGGCACAGCUUUGGUGAGUUGAUAGCUCUAUGUGUCUCCAAUGCUGUAUCGUUGAAGGAUGCUGUCAAGAUGAUUUCCGGUCGAGCCCGCCUUAUUAAGGAGCGCUGGGGCGCUGACAAGGGGUCCAUGAUCGCUGUCGAGGCGGACCUUUCCGAUGUGGAAGCUUUGUUGGCCAAGGUGAAAUCACAGAUGGGAUCUGAAACGGGACUUGCAAUCGCCUGCUAUAAUGCAUCAAAAAGCUUCACAUUGGCUGGGCCCACGAAAGACGUGGACCAUGCCGAGAACUUGCUGAAAAAUGACCCAGACUUCUCAGGAAUAAGAUAUAAAAGACUGAACGUCACCAACGCCUUCCAUUCGGUUCUCGUUGACGCGUUGAUUGAUGACCUAGAGAGUCUGGGACAAGGUAUCAGGUUCAAGGAGCCGACGAUUAAGCUUGAAAGAGCAACAGAGCAAGAGUCCACCAGCACAUUAAAUGCCAAUUAUGUGGCCACCCACAUGAGAAAGCCAGUUUUCUUUGCCCAGGCAGUCAAGAGGUUGUCAGACAAAUUCCCUGUUGCCAUUUGGUUAGAGGCCGGAUCGAACUCCACCAUCACGGCCAUGGCAAGCCGGGCUCUGGGUACAUCAAACUCCUCUUUCCAGGCCGUCAACAUUACUAGCGAGGGUGCAUUCCGGUUCCUCUGCGACACGACCGUGAAACUCUGGAAGGAAGGCCAGAAAGUCAGCUUCUGGGCUCAUCACCGCCUGCAGACACCUAUGUAUACUCCAGUCCUAUUACCCCCGUAUCAAUUCGAGAAGUCGAGGCACUGGAUGGAUCUGAAGGUACCCCCGAAGCCCGAAGCUUCUGUGCAGGUGGCAGAGCAGACAGCAAUUAUCGAGGCACCGAAGGGCCUGACGACUUUCGUUGGUUAUCAAGACGCAUCCCAGCGCUCUGUGAGGUUCAGAGUAAAUGUCACGACAGAAAAGUUUAACCGUCUCCUGUCCGGCCAUAUCAUGGCAAAUGCCGCUGCUGUCUGUCCCGGUAUGUUCCAGGUUGAGAUAGCCCUUGAUGCUUUGACGAGUCUUCGACCAGAGUUCCAGGCCCGUAGCUUUAUCCCAGAGCUACAUGACCUAAGGCAUUAUCAACCGCUUGUCAGAGACGAAUCCCGGGCAGUCUGGAUCGAAGCUCACUGUCCCAACGCGGAAGGCCUCGUCUGGAAUUGGAAGUUGACUGCAAGUGACGAUAAGGGAAGUGGUUCUGUAACCCAUACUUCGGGAACAAUCACAUUCCAAGCGGCGGACAGUGUGCAAGUCAAGUCCGAGUUCGAGAAACUUAGACGUCUGAUCGGCCGAAAGCGCUGUUUGCAACUCCUUGACAGCAACGUGGCAGACGAUAUCCUGCAGGGUCGCAACAUCUACCGUGCCUUUACGGAAGUGAUUGAUUACAAAGAAAUUUAUCGCCAUGUCACCAAGAUCGCUGGCAGGGAUAACGAGUCUGCAGGAAGGGUCAUAAAAACAUACGACGGAGAGACCUGGCUCGACACAGUCUUGACCGACUGCUUCUGCCAAGUGGCGGGUAUCUUCGUGAAUCUCAUGACCACUAAGAUUGAUUUGUCUGAGAGAGGAAUUUUCAUCUGCGACGGAAUUGAUCGGUGGUUGCGAGCACCUAAUGCAGGUUCAAACAACACUCCUUCGCAGGUUUAUGAGGUCUUUGCUCUACACCAUUGCGAAUCGGAUUCAAAGUAUCUCAGCGAUGUUUUUGCUUUUGAUGCUCGUGAGGGGUCACUUGUCGAAGUUGCUCUUGGUAUUAGUUAUCAGAAAGUCUCAAUCUCCGGUAUACGCAGGGUACUGUCGAAGGGCAUGCCAGCUGGGCUUCAACCACAAGUCCCUACUUCCCCUGCUGCAGUAGCCGCCAUCAAGACAGUAAGUCCUCCUCCAGUGGCAGAUUCUCCAUUGGUGGAUGGUUCGUCUACUGCGGUAAGCGGCACACCUCCGACAAAGAAAGCGCCAAAGGCACCCAGUGUAGAUAUCACUGGGAAGAUGCGGGAGAUCAUAUGCAAUUUAUCCGGUCUUGAACCUGACGAGGUCAAGGAUGACUCCGAUUUAGUCGAACUUGGAAUCGAUUCGCUGAUGAGCAUGGAGCUGGCCCGAGAGGUUGAUUUGGCUUUCAAGACCACUAUAGACGUCACUCAGUUGAUUGAUGUGACUGACUUCCGCAGUCUGGUGGAAUGUAUGCAGAGAAUCCUGGGCAUUGACAAUCAGGAGGACAACACAUACCUAGCUGAAGGCCUCAACGGACAUGAAGGAGUUGUUACUAAUGGAAAUGCCUAUCACGUCAACGGCACUAAUGGUGUCGUUAAUGGUAACGGUGUCUUGUUUCCUGAGCUAGGGGGUUCCAUCCUCCCAAAAUCAGCAAUCCUGGACGCCUUCCGUAUUGCAAAAGAGGCCACUGAUGACUUCAUCUUGAAUGGUCAACUUGGAACAUACUACAAUGAGGUCAUGCCAAGAUCGACUGAGCUCUGCGUUGCCCAUAUCGUCAAUGCUUUUGAACAGCUUGGGUGUCCGAUACGCAGUGCAGCAGCAUAUCAGAGGCUUGAGCGUGUUCCGUACCUUCCAAAGCAUGAACGAUUCAUGAACUUGAUUUACGGUCUUCUCGAGGAGGCCAGAUUAAUUGAUAUCAACGGAUCUGAAAUCACACGAACGUCUGUGCCUGUUUCGACGAAAUCCGUGGAAACAAUGCUGGAAGAAUUACUUCACGACGAGCCUCUCCAUGCGGCUGAGCACAAGCUCACAUCCCUGACAGGGUCCAAGUUUGCAGACUGCAUCACUGGCAAGGAGGAUGGGCUUCAAUUGAUCUUUGGGUCACCCGAGGGCAGAGAAAUUGUCACUGAUGUCUAUGCCAAAUCUCCUAUCAAUGCGGUAUGGAUCCAGCAGGCGGAAUUUUUCCUCGAACAGCUUGUGAAAAGGCUGCCCAAUACUGGUGAGCCGCUGCGCAUUCUGGAAAUGGGAGCUGGCACGGGAGGAACAACCGUGAAAAUGCUUCCGCUGUUGGAGCGUCUAGGUGUGCCUGUCGAAUACACAAUGACGGAUCUAUCGUCCUCGUUGAUUGCCGCAGCUCGCAAACGAUUCAAGAAAUAUCCGUUCAUGAAAUUCAAAGUGGUGAACAUCGAGUCUCCACCGGAUCCACAACUGGUACAUAGCCAGCAUAUCAUUCUGGCUACAAAUUGUGUGCAUGCGACCCGGAACCUGGAAAUCUCAACGAGAAAUAUCCACCGUAUUCUGCGACCAGACGGAUUCCUACUUCUGUUAGAGAUGACCGAACAGGUACCUUGGGUCGAUUUUAUUUUCGGCUUGCUAGAAGGAUGGUGGUUAUUCGAAGACGGUCGGCGACAUGCACUUCAACCCGCAACGCACUGGAAGAAAAUCCUCACCUCCGUUGGAUAUGGUCAUGUCGAUUGGACUGAAGGUACUCGGCCAGAAGCCAAUAUUCAGCGCCUGAUCAUUGCUCUUGCAUCCGAACCCAGGUAUGAUCAUACGCCCCAAUCACUCCAGCCGCCGGUGCAGGUCCCAUUGACAGACAUCGCAGGGCGCCAAGAGAUCAUUGAUACAUACAUCCGUGAAUAUACUGAGGACUUCCGCGCACUCCCCAUCCCAGGUAUACAGCAAGCCGUUAUGCCCGCUCCCACAGGACACUGUGUGCUUGUUACUGGUGCCACGGGAAGUCUCGGCUCCCACGUUGUGGGCUAUCUCUCGAGGCUUCCUAAUGUCCACACGGUGGUCUGUCUGAAUCGACGGAGUACUGUGCCCGCCACCAUUCGUCAAGAGGAGGCUUUAAAGGUCCGGGGAAUCUCGCUUGACGACAAUUCUCGGUCGAAGUUGGUAGUUCUCGAAGUAGAGACAGCAAAGCCAUUGCUUGGGCUGCCAGUGGAAACCUACCAGAAGCUCGUGAAUACCGCAACGCAUAUUGUUCACAGCGCUUGGCCAAUGAGUCUUACCAGACCGAUCCGAGGCUAUGAGAGUCAGUUCAAGGUGAUGCAGAACCUCAUCAAUCUCGCACGAGAGGUAGCCGCAUGGCGGCCGGUACCAUUCAAGUUCAGCUUCCAAUUCAUCUCAUCGAUAGGGGUAGUCGGCUACUAUCCACUUCGCUACGGGGAAAUCAUUGCUCCGGAAGAGACUAUGACCGCAGAUUCCGUCCUGCCAGUUGGAUAUGCCGAAGCAAAGCUAGUCUGCGAGCGCAUGCUGGACGAGACGCUGCAUCAAUAUCCAGAUAGGUUCAGACCAAUGGCAGUAAGGAUUGCCCAAAUUGCUGGCUCAACAAGCAACGGGCACUGGAAUCCAGUCGAGCAUUUUGCAUUCCUAAUUAAAUCGUCUCAGACGUUGAAAGCGCUUCCGGACUUUGAUGGUAGCCUCUCGUGGUGUCCGGUCGACGACGUUUCCGCGACACUGGGCGAAUUAUUGAUUUCUAACACAACGCCCUAUUCGAUCUACCAUAUCGAGAAUCCGUCAAGGCAACAAUGGCGGAAAAUGGUGAAAACGCUGGCCCAGUCACUUGACAUCCCACGAGACGGUAUUAUUCCUUUCGAUCAAUGGAUUGAACGAGUCCGAAAUUCCUCGGCCUCAAUCAACGACAACCCGGCCAGGCAAUUGCUGGAGUUCUUCGACCAGCAUUUCAUCCGAAUGUCAUGUGGUAAUUUGAUACUAGAUACGACUAAGACGAGAGAGCAUUCAGCGACUUUGCGGGAAAGGGGUCCUGUAGGCCCAGGUUUGGUGGAGAAAUACAUUUCUGCAUGGAAGACCAUGGGAUUUCUAGAUUAAGAGCGUGAUGUUAGUUUGGAGUAUGUGAUGGGUCAGUCACGGUGCUACAAUAAUGAAAAUGUUUUCUUUUUCUUUUUCUUUUUUUUUUUUUUUUUUUUUUU